UCUAUUUUUCGAGGUCUUUCCACGUGCGUUUGCUCUAAUGCCUCUAUCAAGGGUCUCGGCAAUUUUCUUCUUCCUAGUGGUCCUAAAGAUUGGGCUCAACUCUCAGCUCGUCAUGGUGAAGGCGUUCAUCACGUCUGUCUUGGAUCUUUUCCCUACCUGGCUGCGGAUUGGGUAUUAUAAAGAGCUAUUCGUGUUGGGAGUCUGCUUUGUAAACUUCCUCAUUGGCCUCUGUAUGGUAACUCAGGGUGGUCUCUACGUCUUCACGCUCUUUAGUCACUAUGGGGAUAGUACCUUCCCUAUCGUUUGGAUAUGUUUCUUCGAGAGCAUCGCCAUCGGAUGGUUUUAUGGAGUUAGAAGGUUCUCCCGAGACAUUGCCGAGAUGCUAAGAUGGCAACAGAUUGAAUGGUACAUAAUCUGCUGGCCAGUCACUGUUCCUAUUAUUGCUCUGCUCGUUUGGAUCGGCAACAUAGUGUACUGGGCCCCGCUGUCCUAUUCCUCUGGCUACCCGAGCUGGGCCGACAGGCUCGGCUUUUGUAUGACCCUCUCGUCGAUGGUGUGGAUUCCCGCAGGAGGGGUCUACUCCAUCUAUUACCACAUGAUCAAAGGUGAAGGGCCCACUAUGACGAGGCUGAAAAAGGUUAUUCAACCCGCUAUCGUUCCCUUUCGUGACGAAGUACCUGUAGAACCAGCUGGUGUGGAAAUGACCUAAUAUCAUGAGUGUCAAUUAAACAAAAACUUCAUGUAAUAGUGGAAAAGAUUGAAAAAAAUAAUCACUUGCAGUUUUGAAGUCGUAUGCUAUCUCUGAAAUGAUACGGAAUUAUAUAAAUACUUUAAAUUGUUUAAUU